AUGUAUGUACAAUACAAUCCUCCCAUCCUCGUAAAUUUCCCCUUGGAACAUUUCAUCAGUCUUGCUUUCACGCCUACUUCGAUUAUUGGUCUAGACCGGGAAUUGCGCAUUCCCAAGUUUGACUUCCGCUCCAAUGCAAGACCAAGCCUAUUCAACUAUCCUGUUACAGCAAAGAAGGAAAGUGAGAAAAAGGUUGAAAAAGUGGAAACGGCUGUGCUAAUUACAACGGCUAAAUCGCAAGCACGUCAACGUAACAAAGAGCGUGAAAAGGCAAAGGAAGAAAGAGGUGACGGAAUGGACGUAGACGAUCAAGUACCUCAAAAGAAAGAUGAUUCGGCUGAAGAUAUUACCACGACAUCGACAAACAAGGACGAUGAUACAGCGACAGGAGCACCAAAGAAGACAAAGAGAGAACGCAAGGCUGAACCUUCUUUCUCUUUGAUUCCCAACUAUUCGCGUAUCACUCCAUUCCAGCUCAACUACGUCAGCUUCCCGCCUGAUUGUCGUUAUACACCCAUUCGACCUCUCCAUGCAGGCACAAAGUUGCACGAUGUAUUCAACACCAGCACAGUAGCACCCAACAAGGGCAAGCUUUCCAUCUUUGGUAGCGCAUCUCCUGCUCCUGGAGCAAGCGGACGUGCAACACCUGUACAUGCAAUGCAAAUGCACAAGCCCAAUCUACGGGACCAACUGCAUAGGGAAGCGCGAAGCUUGUCGAACUCAAGCAUUGGUGUUCACGGAGGUAUUUUGCUUUUGAUCGAUCGACGUCAUACAGAGCCAUUUGAGCCUAUCAAGACUGAAACUGGUGAUGCAGGUGAUGCAAAUCAACAACCUCCGUCAACCAGUAUCGUACCUGCUGCCGAUCCACGUGCACCAAGUGGAAGUGAUAUCAGUCCUGAAGAUCAAGCUGCCAUUCAACGUGCUCUUGCAAUGGACGAUGAUGAUGAACCAGAUAAUAAACAAGAUAUUACCGGCAUUCAUGGAAAUACAGACCGUAAUAACGGAUCUGGAGAAGGUGGAACGGGUGGCGGUCCACCUGCUCCUUCUGCUCGUUGAAUUGUCGAGACGAAUAAAAUAAAGAGGAAGUUGUGCUGAUGUAGAGAAUUUUCAAUCAUAUCAAAUAAUACAA